UCCACUGUCUAUAUAACAUAGUCAAACACACGAAUUACAUUCCCUCUUGGCUUCUUCAAAACUCUCUUUCUCUCUCUCUCUUGUCUCUCUUCCUCUUGUUCUUUCUUCUUCUUAAUCAUAGUAUUCAAUUCAGCUUUUGAUUCUGUCUGAAUUCAACAACUCUUUUACUGUCUCUCUCUCUAUAUCAAGUCUGUUUGGUUACGUUGACUGCUUGCAAAUAGUUCAGAACACUGUUCUAUUGGUCUCAGCUCAUUGAUUUUUGUUUUUUUGGAUAUAAAUUUUGUUACUUGGAAAAAGUUAUGCUACAAAGACAAGUUUGAGAACUCAUUGAAUUUGGACAGCUUUGGGAGUAACAAUGGGAGGUUUAUGUUCCGGCGGGACGGUCAAGCAAAAUCCAAAAGUCACUGGGGAUUAUACGAACACGAACAAGAUCAAAACCACCAAACAAGAAGUCCCCGACUGGAGUUCAAAUCCUUAUGCAAAUGGUAUCACCAAAACCACCAAACCAAAGUCCCCUUUGCCUGAGCCUAAGCCGGGGCGGCCAAAGCCGUUUCCCAGUGACUCCAAGCCACCAACGCCGCCUAGUAUCAAGCCAUCGCCAACUCGGUCCACGCCAUCUACGCCAACUAGGCCAUGGAUUAUCCCGAAGGGAAUGUUUAAAAAAGGGCCAAAGGUCCAUGGCAUGACUUCAAGAGGGAGCACAAUAUCUAUAUUGGCAUUUGAAGUAGCAAAUACAAUAGUCAAAGGUGUGAGCUUGCUGCAUUCUCUUUCUGAAGAAAAUAUCCGGGUUUUGAAGAAAGAGAUCUUACAUUCAGAUGGAGUAGGACAGUUAGUUUCCACAGAUAUGAAGGAGUUGCUAAGUUUUGUUGCUGCUGACAAAAGGCAGGAGUUUGAGGUCUUCUCACGAGAAGUGAUUAGGUUUGGAGAUCAGUGUAAAGACUCACGGUGGCACAAAUUAGAUAGAUACUUUUCCACAUUAGAUUCGGGCUAUCCAAGCCUCAAACAACAUAAAGUAGAUGCAGAAACGACCAUUAAGGAGUUGACUGCUCUAGCUCAGCAUACUUCUGAAUUAUACCGUGAGCAGCAAGCUUUUGAAAGAUUUGAACAUGACUUUCAGGGAAAGAUUGAAGAAGCAGAGUCCUCGAAUCUUCCUCGAGGAGGAGAGAGCCUCGGAGUUUUUCAAAGUGAGCUGGCAGAACAAAAAAAGCUUGUAAGGAGUUUGCAGAAAAAAUCCCUUUGGUCGAAAAAUUUGGAAGAGAUUAUGCAGAAGCUUGUAGAUGUUGUUACCUGUAUACAUCAAGCUUUUUGGAAAGCAUUUGGAACUAGUGGUAUAGCAUUGGUCAGCAAGGAACCUCGUAAGGGUUCCGAAAGACUUGGUGAAGCUGGUGUUGCAUUACACUAUGCCAAUGUAAUCAAUCAGAUAAAUAUCAUUGCAUCUCGGCCAACUUCCCUUCCUCCAAAUCUGAGAGACCAAUUAUAUCGGGCAUUGCCAACCAGUGUUAAGACAGCUCUACGUUCCCGAUUGCUUGCGGUUGAUUCCAAUGGACAGCUCUCAAUUUUUCAGGUCAAAGCUGAAAUGGAAAAAACUCUCAAGUGGCUUGUUCCAGUUGCCACAAAUACCAUUAAAUUACAUCAGGAAUUCGGGUGGGUUGCACAAUGGGCAAAAGAUAGUUACGAGUUGGGCAAGAAUUCAACCACACCCAGUAACAUGACCCGCCUCCAGACUCUCUAUUAUGCGGAUAAGCAGAAAGCAGAUGAAUACAUUCUUGAACUAGUGACCUUGCUUCACCGCGUGAUCAGCUUAAUAAGACGCAGAGAUCAUGGUUUCAAGCCUCAACCUUUACGAACUCCAACUCGUAAGGCGCUAUAUUUUCAUUCCAAGAUGCAGCAUUUCCAGUCCAUGAAUUGUAGUUCUAAAAUCCAUGGAAUUCAACCUUCUCAGGAAGAUAGAAAUUUGUUAGAUGAGGUGAUUGGAAGUCUGAGAGUGCCUGGAAUCAGUAAAAGUCAGGAAUUUGGUACGGCCAAGAAGAGUGAGACAACAGUGUGGCCUUUGAGCAGGAGCACAGGAAGUUCUCCAAGUAGGGAGUUGGGUGCAAUACAAGACUUCCAGACUGAUGUUAAGGAUAUAAUGGAUGACCUAGAAUAUAUAUACAGUGAGGCUUAUUAAGGAUAUCAUGGAUGGCCUAGAAUAUAUAUAUAUAUAUAUAUAUAUAUAUAUAUAUAUAUAUAUUCAGUGAGGUUUCUUAAUCGAUAUCCCCUUUCAGGCAUUUUUUUUCUUCACUCCCAAAAAUUAUUUAUUCAUUUGCCUCCAUCUCUUUAUUCCGUGGCAUUUUUGGCCAAAUUCUCAUUUCAUCGUGUAUAUCCCUGUAUAGGUGGGAUCAUUGUAAGUAACUUAGUAUAUGAUAUGAUGAUUAUAUCACAACUUUUGUUUCUGGUU